AUGGAGAAGGGACCGUUCACUCCGGGCUCACGAGUCCCCGAGGGACUGAACCUGGACUUCAGGAAUCGCUAUCGGCUUCUGAACAUGAGCAUCUUGUCGAGUUUACGCGCUGAUUUUGACCGUUUCUUUGAUGAAGCCCUUGACCUCCUGUACUCCCGACUCGACAAACAGCUCCUUCCUGCAAAGGAACAUUUUUUUAAAUCGGCCAAGUACAACGUUCCCACCGGAAAGAAGGUCCGCGGAUUACUGUGUGUAGCCGCUUUCAAGGCCUUCUCAGACGGACAGGAGCAGAUAGUGACAACACGCAUGGCUAAUCUUGUCGGUUGGUGUCUUGAACUGCAGCUCCUCUUCUCCGUUUUGGGUGAGACCCCUGCCUUGCGGGAAAUCUGUAUUCAAGUGGUCAGGCUGUUUGGCGACUGCAUUCACUUCACAUGCCUCGGGCAGGCCUUAGAUAUACUAGCCAACGGCACACCACAGACCACCCCGCGACCGACAGAAGAUGGUGAGAUGAAGGCUGCCACACCAUCAAAAGUUGCCAAGAUGUCUAGUGGGCGACUGGCCAGCAUUACCAAGGAACGCGUCACAGCUAUUGCAAAGUGGAAGACAAGCUACUAUAGUUUUGUCUUACCAGUAACAGCCGGAAUGUUGUUGGUAGGCAACAAUUUUAUUUUGUUUUUGUGUAAUUUCUCCCUUCUUCCUUUAUCUUCAUCUUCUCAAAGUUAG